UGCUGAAAAGUGCUCUUACGUUAGGACAGCGGACUCUUCUACGGAGCCCAGGUGAGAAAGGACCACCUGAGGCCUGGGUGAGGGUUCUCCGAGGUUCAUUAGGGCCUGAGGCCAAUGGCAGCAGAGACUACAUAGAACUAUGCAUCGUGGUGUUUUGGGAAAAACCUUUCGACUUGUUGGCUAUACUAUUCAGUAUGGCUGCAUAGCUCAUUGUGCUUUUGAAUACGUUGGUGGUGUUGUCAUGUGUUCUGGACCAUCAAUGGAGCCUACAAUUCAAAAUUCAGAUAUUGUAUUUGCAGAAAAUCUUAGUCGACACUUUUAUGGUAUCCAAAGAGGUGACAUUGUGAUUGCCAAAAGCCCGAAUGAUCCAAAAUCAAAUAUUUGCAAAAGAGUAAUUGGUUUGGAAGGAGACAAGAUCCUCACCAAUAGUCCAUCAGAUUUCUUUAAAAGUCAUAGUUAUGUGCCAACAGGUCACGUUUGGUUAGAAGGUGAUAAUCUACAGAAUUCUACAGAUUCCAGGUACUAUGGACCUAUUCCAUAUGGACUAAUAAGAGGACGUAUAUUUUUUAAGAUAUGGCCUCUGAGUGAUUUUGGAUUUCUACGUGACAGCCCUAAUGGCCACAGAUUUUCUGAUGAUUAGCAAGGAUUUAUUCUUUUGAUCUGAUUAUUGUCUCCAGUUCAAGUGGAUUUCUUAUUGCUACUAAAACCAUGUACUUAAUCAACUGUUUUCAGCUUUAGUUAUUUUUAAUUGGGAAAAUAGCCAACACUGUGAAAGCUAAGUAAUUACAAAUAUAUGGAUACAAAUGUAACCCCAGUUAAAUCAUUUAAAUUUUGAUAGAGUUAAGGUAUUUUUGGGGGGGAAAUCUGGAUGACUACCUCACUGAAUUUUUGGUUUUAUAGGUACAAUGAAAGUCAUCUCCCCUUGCAUAUGGUUCAUACUUUAGCGACAUUUACAUGUCAGGUGAUGGUGUCAUUUUUUAAGUCCAAUCCAAAAAUAAAUAUCAGUUUGUUCUAAUAAAAAGUUGUGAUGUCACGUGUUUUGUUUACUCAUCUGAAAUAUAAUAGUUUAAAUGACCCCCCCAAAUUCAAGAAUUUAAAACUCUUUAAAUAUGUACUCAACAUUGUACAUAAAAUAUGAACUAUAUAGAAAAAUAAAGCUUUAAGUCUAUUAACGUCAUUAAAUAUGUUAUAAAAAUCUGCUUCAAACAAUACAUUGGUUUCUUAUUCACAAGUACAGUCAUUGCUACUCUAUUUUAAUACUUUUGAAUAAACAUACUAUACCUGCUUCAAAUUAAUUUUUCUAAGCUACCAUUUCCUAAAUCACAUUUAAAGUUGGGGAUAAUAGUGCUGAAGAGUUGUUCCCACUAAUAUAGCCACAUGAAGAUUUUAAAUACAAAGCUAGGGUUAGAGUCAAGUCUUCUGACUCUAAAACUAUCUUUCUUAGAGCUGCCACUUGCCUUCUUUAUUUUAACUUUGAAAUAAUCCCAUGAAAAUCCCUGUCUACCCUUUAUUAUGGGAGAAUUAGGUUUAUGUUAUUCACAAAAACUAUAAUUUACUUCUAGUGACCUGAGAAUUUGAAAUCAGUAUAUAGUAGGCAUACAGCGAGAAACAUCAUGUAUUACAUGAAAACUGUAGUAACUAUACAGGAAUCUAUAAUAAUUCUUAUGAUCCAUUUAAGGAGAGGAAAUAUACUUAUUUAAAAAAAAAAUUCUAAUUUUGUACCAAGGAAAAAACGAACCAAACACAAGUUCUCAGAUGGGCAUUUAUGCACUGUAGGCUAUUGUUCAUGUCCCCUC